AUGUUGUCUGGGAUUGCAAUCGGUGUUCGCGCCGUACAUGCCUUGCUCGCCAUUAUUGUGCUUGGCCUUUCGGUCACACUGAUGAAGGGCCAGGAGAUUGGCAGUGUCCCAACCACUACAAGAUACAGCGUUUUUCUCGGCGCUUACGGCAUAAUCGUCACUAUCAUUGGUCUACUUGGUCUAUUCUUUGAGUUCAUUCCAAAUUUGAUCACCAUGGGGUUCGACGCUGCCGGAGCAUUGCUGUUCCUCGGUGGCGGUAUUGCAUGGGCCAUCGGUACAAAGGGCCUCUCCUGUACCAACAAGAACUCCCCGAACAUCGACCAUCUAUACACAAAUUCGCUAUUGAACGAGGGCUGCCUGCCGAAGAAAGACAACAACAAUCCAUACCCAUACUGUGCCGUGAUGGGAGACUCCGAUGACAACGACACUAUCGAGAAAGCGUUUGGAGCGUUGAAGAGCAAUUGUCAAAAGGCAUUUGCUGACGAGAUUAUCAUGUUCAUAACGUUCGCUCUGGCUACUGUUCUAGUAUUGCUAGGUUUCUUGUUGUUUAAGAAGCGAGGCUCACGAUCGUCAUAUGUCGCUUGA